GACGCAUUUCAAGAGAGAGGCGUGAUCUUCACGUCCCGUUUCCGCAAACAUGGAGGCCGUGUUGAGCGACGUAGUGGCUCCCGAAGACCUGCUCAAAUUUGAGAAGAAAUACAACAAUGAGCUGGCGAAGGGAGCCGUUUCCAAGGAGACCAAGUUUGAAUACGCCUGGUGUCUGAUCAGGAGCAAAUACACUGGCGACAUCAAGAAAGGAAUUGCGUUGUUGGAGGAACUUGUCCAGAAAGCCUCGAAGGACGACACGCGCGACUUCUACUUCUACCUCGCCGUGGCCAACUACCGACUGAAGGCCAUCGUCUUGCAGGAGUAUGAAGAAGCCCUGAAGUACAUCCGCAUCCUCCUGAAGAACGAGCCCGGCAACAAGCAGGCGGCGGAGUUGCAGGCGCUCAUCGACAAGGCGUUAAAGAAAGAUGGCUUGGUCGGCAUGGCGAUCGUGGGUGGAAUCGGUUUAGGCGUGGCCGGGUUGGCCGGGCUCAUCGGACUGGCUGUGGCCAAGCGAGGGCCCAAGUUUUAAGCAGCCAGAACCCUGUCUGUUUCUUUUCUUGCUGAUUGAUAUAUUUAUUUUCUUUUGCAUUGACAUUGAGCCUUCAGCCUGUGUACAUAACAAAGCAAGUGUCGAGCCACAGCUUUUAUGUGGAAUCCAAUGUCUUUUUUUUUUUUUUGCCAUAGCUUUUAUUUACACUCCAAUUUGUUUUCAUGCCAAUCUAGUCAAAAGGGAACAUGUCCCGAGUUGAACAGCUUUCGCAACUCUUAAUAAAAGGAAGGAAAAAAAGUU